CUCUGCCGUCAUGAAGUCGUUUCUUGUAGCUGUUCUCCUUGUUGUGCCUGUUGUUGCUCAUCUGGCCUCAGGGAAGAAGCUCCGCUGGUGCACGCUUUCCCCCCUGGAGCAGAAGAAAUGCUCUGAGCUCUCCAAAGCGCUUCUGUCUGCUUUAUCACCUGUCUCCAGCAGCCCUUUUAAGAGGGUUUCUUGUAUCCUAGCCCACAACACUUACGACUGUAUCAACAAGAUUCGGGAGAAUAAAGCUGAUGCAGUUUCCUUGGAUGCUGGAGAUGUAUACUCUGCUGUGAAGCUAUAUGGCUUGACUGUGGUGGGCAAGGAGAUCUAUUUGGGAGGUAACUGUGUGUUUGCAGUGGCUGUGGCCAAGCGUGGAACGCUGGAUCUCCAAAGGCUCAAAGGAAUCCGAAGUUGCCAUAAUGGAGCUAGGUGGACUUCGGGCUGGAACAUUCCCAUGGGCUUCCUCUUAGCUAGAAGUGAUCUGAUGUGGGUCUCAGGCCAGCCCCUCAGCCACGCGAUCAGUGGUUAUUUCAAUGCCAGUUGCAUCCCUGGUAUCGGAGCCACCUAUCCUAAGCUCUGUGCUCUCUGCCAAGGGCCGAAGUCGUACAUCUGGGACAAGAACCAUUUCUGCGAGGCCAGCCAUCGUGAACCCUUCUAUGGCUCAGAGGGCGCCUUCAGGUGCCUGAAGUUGGGGCUGGCGGAGGUGGCUUUCGUGGAUCACCUCACCGUCAUGAGUGCGACAGACUUGGAACAGGAGGAGUACGAGCUGCUGUGUCCUGAUGGAUCCACUGCGCCUUUGAUGGCCUACUCUACUUGCAACCUGGGCAACGGACCAGGCCGCGCAAUUGUCACACGCCACAACUUGCAGAAGAUAGUGAAGAAAUUUCUCCAGGUCAUUCAGCACCUGUUUGGAAUCAGAGGAAAAGAAAAGGCCAGAUUUGAGCUCUUUGCAUCUGCACCGUUCAGAGGGAGGGAUCUGCUGUUCCUCGAUGCCACUCAGCACCUGCAGCUGCUGGGAGAAGAGACCAAGAUCAGCCAAGUUCUUGGCCUGGACUACGUCACCCUCCUGCAGGGUUUGGGACAUGAAGGGAGCUCUCUGUCCAACAGCCUGGUGCGCUGGUGCUGUAUCAGUGACCUGGAGCUCCGUAAAUGUGAGGAAUGGGCUCUGAAUGUCAGGACUGACCCCCUGGUCUGUGUCCAAGCAGACUCCAUGAUCAGCUGCAUUGAGCUCAUCAAGAAAAACGAGGCAGAUGCUGUCACACUGGAUGCCACCCAUGCAUAUUUUGCGGAGACCUGCGCGCUCGCCCCUGUGGCUGCAGAGUGUUACAGAGAAGAAUGUGCUCCCACAAGGGAGGAACCCGACCUGUUGACCCACGUUGGGGGUCUUCCUCCACUCUACUCCGUAGCCCUGGUGAGAAAGGCCAACCAGCAAGUGAACCGAUACGCCCUGAGGAGAAAGCGCUCCUGCCACAGCCAUGUGUACAGCCCAGGAGGGUGGCUGCUGCUUUCACAGUACACAGUUGGGGCCCUGGAGAACGGCAGCAGCGCCUGCAACCUCACCUCUGCAUACCAGAAUUUUUUUUGGAAAGGCUGCAUGCCAGGAGCUAGUGGAAAUCUGUGCAAAGUGUGCAUUGGACAAGAGGGGAGAGUCAAAGGGUCCUCCAAGUGUGCAGCUAAUCAUCAUGAACGGUACUAUGGCAAUCUGGGGGCCCUCAGAUGCCUCUUGGGUGAUCCCACUGGCAGAAGCUUUGGUGAUGUGGCUCUCUUGGAACAUCAUAACCUACUUCAGAACAUUGAAUUUCUGACUAGCUCAGGAUGGGCCACCGGCUACUCUCCCGGAGAUUUUGAACUUCUUUGCCCAGACGGGAGCCGAGCAGCCAUAACGGCUUGGAGGACCUGCAACCUGGGCUGUGUUCCUCCCAGUGUUGUGGUGACUCGACCAGUGACUGUCACUAAGGUCCAGGAUUUCCUGGCAAAGGCCCAGGAAUCAAGUAAGAACAGCCGUUUUCAGGUCUUUGAGUCACUGAGAUAUGGAGGAAGUGACCUGCUCUUCAAAGACGCUACUCAAGGCCUCAUCUUCACAGGCCAGUUGGACUUCAAGUCGAUUCUUGGGCAGUCUUUCUUUCAGCUUGCUCAAUCCGUCUUCAGCUGCACCUCUGCAGGUAUCCUAGACUUUUGCGAACUGGAUACUUGUACCUCUUCCACACAGCCUUGAAGUUAUCCAGAGAAGCUCCCGCCAACUAUGCCAGCUAAAAGAAGAGGGAGACACUUAGACAAGCUUUUACUGUCAUCGAUUCUGGUUUAUGGAAUUUCCCCAUUUUCUUAUCCAGCGUCCAAGUGUCCUUCAGCAUCUAUUGGAAAAUCCGUUUUUGAAUCUAUCCUACUGAUACGUUAGCCAAUGGAAGGCAUUCAUGCAAUGGAUUAACUCUCACUCCCCCUCCCCUCCAUCUCUAGGAUACACAAUCCCAACCAGGUUUUGACUGCACCUGCCACCUUUUCAGCGCUACCCUGUCUGUCCUCUGCCUUCCAUCAGGAGAGAGAGAGGCUGGUUUGGGAACUCCUGCAUCUCCCUCUGGUUGCUUCCCAUCACUUCUGCAUUCAGAAUUGAUUUGUCCAUUUUUUCUGAGUCAAAAUUCCAUCUGAAUUGAAAAGAACUGGUUGAGACAAUGGCACAGCUCCAAUUUCCCCAGUCCCUGGCAAGAAGCCACCUUGGAACCCCAGGAGCUGUUUCUCUGGCUUUAGCAGGAUGUAACAGCUGGGACCCUCCUCUUAAUCCUCCCCUUGACCGAAGAAACAUCCCAAAGUUUAUUCCAAGGACACACUAAAGCUUUUUGUUGUCCAGCUGCUCUAAACACAAAUGCAUCUGCCUCAGUGAUGAGCCCCCCCCCCCAAACUGAGCCAGGUUACUAGCAGCUUUAUGGCCGUGUCCUCUGCUGAGCAACCAUGUGGGCACCGUGCCACUCGCCUUUGCUUUCUUCCUAGGCUGGUUGAUAACAGUGGGAUUUCUUGGAGGUGUUCCCUCCUGAGGUCAGUCAACAUGGUCAGCAAUUGCAGGGGGUAUUAAUUUUAUAGCGCUGUUCCCCCUCCACCUGAAAAAACAACCCAGCCCUUUCUAGAUUCUGCACCCGGUGUAAUAGUUCAGCUAAAUAAACAAGGCUAUCUCCAGAUCACUGCACAGCCAAGAAUUUCUGAGAGGUCCCUGGCACAUUAGAGGGGUGACAUUUCUGUGGUAGCUUACAAUAGCUAAUGGGCUCUGUAAUAAAGUUUGCAGAAAUGGUACUUGUACUUUACAACUAGGAGAGAGAACUAUCAGGUUGAUAGCAAUGCUCAUGAAGGUAGUCUUGAAGCCAAUUGAUCUGCCACCACUAUCCCUGUAACAUUCAGAAGUGGAAUUAAGGCUGUGAGCCACAAAUCCCCAAACAUGUCUUUCCAAACGAAGGGGAAUGAAGAGGGGAACAAAAACCAUAAUUGACGAAUACACAGAAAUGUGGAACGUACAAACUCACUAAACAGAAUCUAUUCCCAGAAAGUCAGGAAUCUCAGCAGCAGAGCCGAAUAUCAUCCAUAGGGGACAUUUCCAUUUAUGCUGAAGCAGAGUUGGUGGUACAGUAUUAACAAACAAACAUUUGCAUGUCAGUUCAAUUUGGGGCUUCAGACUUCAGAACAACGUACAGGAUUGCACUCUCAGUUUACUGUACUUAACAGUUUUGCUUAUAUUAAAAUAAUUGGAACAUA